AGCUUCCAGCGGUAUUUCACUAUAAGUGAAUACACACAAAUUUCCAAACAAGCCCUCCGGUUACCAUAAACAGAGCAUUCAAGUUCAUUCAUAUAUCUGAAACCUGCCGCUGUUGGUACAGGUAAAGAAACUUCAUGAGGUGUAGAAGAUUCAUCCCAGUGGUAACGGAAGAGCUAGUAAAAUGUCGGCUGUCCUUUCCACACUUGCAUGUCAUCAAGGAUAAGGAGCUAUUUUGGCGUCUCGUAGCUUGGAGUUGGGGAGUAGGGGUCGACGGGCUGAUUAUCGUGGUACUCAGGGGAUUUGCAUGCGAAGGUAUUAUAAGGGUUUACAGGUUAUCGAUAUGUCGCUAAAUUGUUGGUGAUUGUGUGGGCGUUGUUGGUUCUUUGGUGCCAGCGUGUGUGGUGUUGGUUGGGAAAUAGGUCUUGUAUUUCGAAGAGAGUAUUUGUUGUCUUCGUUUAGGUUAGUAUUUGAAACGAAUGUGUUAUCUGCCGGUGAGCUCGCUGGUAUAUUCUUGCUGCCUGAUGUCAUGGCUUCUUACUAGGUGCAUAGUUUGGAGCCAUCUUAACCAAAGUGUACUGCAUUUGCUUCUUUCUUCGAUAUAUAGACUACCAUACCAGGUUAUUAUAAG